AUGGCGCAGAAGCUGAGCUUCAUGGAUCUUUCGGUGGACAUUAAGACGUUGAUUGUAGAGCACGUCACCCGCCCGACCGACCUCAAGAACCUCUGCCUCGCUUGCAAACAGCUUCACGAAAUCGCCGUCAGGCAGCUCUACUAUGAAGUCACGCUCGACGUUGGGUCGCCAAGCGACACACGUCUCGCUUCUUUCCUGAGCCCUAAGAACAUCGGUCUCCAACAUGUGCGGAAGAUCGACCUCUACCUCGCAGAAGUCGCGGACAAGUGCAAUCAAGUACUGCUUGCCAACUUGAGCACCCGCCUGAUCAUCGAGCUGUUGCCGGAAAACACACUGGAGAAGUUCUCAUGGCAUCCGUGGUCGCCCUUCUCUGGGGACAAUCUCGUGUUGCUGUAUAAGAAGCAGAGGCGCAUGAAGUGGCUGGAGGCUAUCACGGUAGAUAGAGACGUAACCGCGGAGCUCCAGAAGAUCCCAGGCUUCGAGAAGAUGUUUGAACAUGUGCGCAAGAUCGGGCUGUAUCCUGAUAGUAGGGAAGUGUUGGAUUUCGGAAACAUGCUCCUCAAGAACUCACACAAACUGGAGAAGAUCACACUACAUGCGAGCUUCGAAGAAAGUGACUCGCCUAUUCCACCACGCGAACUAAACGAUUCGUCGACAGAGCCUGGACUCAUCACUUCGACCUUGUUCAGCCAUAUGCAGCCCUUCGCGAAAUGCACGCCCAUCGCACUCAAAGAGAUCACGUUGCAGAAAGUAGCUCUCCGAUACGCUGCGGAAUCAUACUGCAAAUUCGUCGACUUCCACACUGUCAAGAACAUCCGCGUCUUCGGCUGUUCUGGCGCCGACGCCCUCUUCGCAGAACUCAGCAAGAGCACAAAGCUACCCGAGAAGCUCGAAACACUCGAAGUCAAGCACGAUGACAAUCCUGAGAACGAUGGUCUAGGCGCUAUAGAUGGCUUCCUGUGUCUUGUGUCUGGCAUCAAGACUCUCAUCGUCGAUCUAACGUACUCGAAAAGCUUACCGGCGUCUGCGGGUAUUAUACGGCAUGGCAAGACACUGAAGCAGCUAAGCAUACAUACCAGCACAGGACCGGACAGCUGCGAUGAUGAGUUGGUGUACGACUAUGCUUCGUUUUCGCAAAUUUGCCAGGACUGUCCGUCUUUGGAGCAAGUGAGCGUUGCAUUCCCGUCAGUAAGCGUUAUCAAGAGCAAGAAUGACAGCUUCUUCAACUUCGUGAACUGCCUCGGGGAUCUUGCCCACCUAGUAACCCUCAACGUAACUACAUGGCCCAACAAUUCCCCCUCGUCGACACGGCUCCCGCGAAAAAUCUACGAACACCUCCUCGCCGGGCUCGCCCAAGCCAGCUUCGAGCGCAACACCUCUCACCACAUCAUAGAUCACACACGCUCCUCCAAACUCGCCAUCAUAGCCUUUGGCUCCUCAGACAAAGUGUAUGACCGUGAGGACAGCCAGACGCAGAUCAUCUUCGUCAAGGGUAGACAAGUGGAUCCCUUGGGCAACGAGAGGAGUACCGCGGUGCAGAUCGGGUGGUGUCUGAGGAAGUAUGUGGACGCAGGGUCUAAGAGCGAUAUCCUUGACUUUGCUCUUAGUCAUACGAGCAGGCCGCCCGCGAGAAGUGAACCAGACAGUGAUGAUAGCGAUUGA